UACGGCAAGGUACGGACUCUCUGGCUGCUUCCUGAUUGCGCUCACUGAUUUUAUUGCGAACCCAAUGGAAGGUACCAAGGGUAGGAACUGAGGAAGGCAUUACCGCAGCGGCAGUACGUAGCUACGAAUACCUGCCGUUCCCCCUCCUUCCCUCCCCUCCCCUCCCCAUCCGGACCCGGACCCUGACGUGAGGUUUCCGAACCUGCGAGUCUUCCCCCCAAAGUACUUGGUCCCUCCCAUCACCCAAGACCACCGCGAGCCCAUGACUUAUUCGUACCUUCUCUCCAGUCCUCGACCAACAUCCCACGCUCGCCCUACCACACCCUUUCACGCCAGCUAACCCGGCUUUUCCAGAGCUGGACCGUCGAUUGCAAAGCGAGGCAGCUUCUGUCCGCUCUUGCUCCGAAUCGACUUACCGGAAGGAUCCAAGGUGGUGUCCAAGGAACCGGGGCUAAUAAUCAACGAACCUCCGAGUACACUACGAAGUACCCUCCACCUCCCGCUUCCGCCUCCUCUUAGAAAUCAACCCAAAAAUCACCCUCUGCCCGACCUGCGCGCGCAACAAUUCCAUUCCUUUCUGUUGCGCCAAAAACGAAGAAGUGACAACCACCGCCUUCUUCUUCACCUCCUCCGCCAAGCAUUCCUCUCUCAUCGUCGCCCCUCUUCGCCUGCCUGGACGACUUCGUGCCUAUUCUUUUGGGGCCCUUUUGCGGCUUCUUUGGUCCUUGACCUGUAUUCUACCCUUGCACAGCAUCUCUGCGACAAUCGUUAUGGAGCAGGUUCACGGAGUAGAUGUUAGCUGGAUGACCCACGGCGGCUCUCCGAAAGACAGACCGCCGAAAUCGUUACCCAUACGGCGAUCCUCAACGUCCGCACCCAAAGAGUCAUCACCACUCCCUUCUCCGACCAUCGGCCAAACCGUUGGCAACGGGAACACCAACGGCACAACCGACACUGCGAAAGCGACAACAGAAGGAUCAAAACCUAUCCCAGUCUCGAGACCGCCUCUAGGUAGAAGUCCGUCGAACGAAAAAUCACCAGGGCCGAACGGUACUCCGCCAACCCGCCGGAAUUCGUGGUUUUCCAACAUCUCUUCCAAGUUUUCCUCUUCACCAGACAGCAAGACUGCUCAGGCAAACCAGCAAGCACAAAGCACGCCGCCAAAGGACUCUGGUCCGGUUGCCCCGAAAGUGACUCCUGCAAAGAACGCCGUGCUCGCACACGCCGCCAAGAACGAUGGCGACCAGCCUUACACCCCGGCACCCCCCGGACGCGGCCAGGCCGGUUUUCUGGGAGUCUUCCGCCGACUGUCUUCGUCUGGCGGUGUCCUAGGACAAGGAACGAGAGGAACACACGGCCUGGUAGAGCGCAAGAUUCUGAACGUUGACCGCAAUCGUGAACGUUGUCAGAUUUCGGACUUGCAUCAGGCGAAACUCCGGAGGGUUGCAUUCAGCGUUGAUGUCGAAAUUGCGCCGAUGCCCAAGUACGUCGAUACAGAUAUGCCCGUCAAGAAGCCACUCGAGAAGUCAAAAACGAAGAAGAUGACGGAGAAGGGUGAGGGCGAGGCACUGAAGAACCCGAAAAGUCUGGAACAGCAAAAGGAGCGCGAUGGCAUCAUCCAUACAACGGGUGAAACCGUGCCAAAAGAACCAGAAACGGAGGGGGUGGACUCGGCCAAAACCAAGGAGGAUGACGCGAGCGGCGUGAGCGCUGCAUCCGCGGAUAAAGAGAAAGACACCAAGAAGAAGGAGAAGAAGAAGAAGAGCGAAGAGGAGAGGAAAGCAAGGAAAGAGAAGAAGCGGAAACAAGCUGAGGCUAACGGCACGAUUCCCAUGGAAAUCCACGUCGACGAUAGCGAUUCCUCCAGCGAAAGCACCCCAGCCGCAACGCCCAAGACGACAGCGUCCCCCACAACAAACCCAGUGAGGAUAUACCGCCGUUGUUGCCAAUUGAGAGAGACACCCAUUCUCAAGAAGAUCACCGAACAACUGAACAGCCCUUCAAAUUGCUCUGCCGACAUAGGAAUGGUGCAGAAGUUGGAUUUGACGGGCUACUGGAUGCAGCUCCCUGACUUGGUCACCCUAGGCGAUUACUUGGCGGUUGUGCCGGUUAAGGAGGUUAUCUUGGAGAACUGCGGCCUGACAGAUGAAGGCGUCAGGGUGAUAUUGGCCGGUCUCCUGGCUGCGAAGAAGCCUGAUUCGAAGAGGCGGAAGCAAGCCAAGGCAGAUGGUCUCACUACACAGGGCGGCUUCGUCGAACGGCUCGUCCUCAAGAACAACAAGAUUGGACCCGAGGGUUGGAAGCACAUGUUCCUCUUCAUCUACCUCUGCCGAACGCUCAAGUUCCUCGACGUCUCGACGAUAUCCUUCCCCCGUCCUACUCAACCGGCACAAAACGGAAACGGGCAUGGCCACCACUUGCUCAGACAUAACUCCAAUGACGAGCAACCCCAGAACAUAUGCGCAACCCUGUUUGCCAAGGCCAUUGGCGAACGACUGGGCGGCGCUACAUUGGAACUACUCAACCUCGGAGAGACUAACCUCAACUCGAAUGACCUCGGCGUGGUGAUAGACGGUAUCAUUCAGUGUGGCGUAAAGCGACUUGGUCUUGCUCACAACAACAUUGACGAAAAGGGACUCAGGCAUGUUGCCAGAUAUCUUUCCACAAGCGGAUGCGAGGGCCUAGACUUGGGCGGCAACGAUCUUAGAGAUCAGACUGACAUCAUUGCCAAUGCAAUUUCAGAAAAGGACUCUUUGUGGGCGCUCAGUCUGGCUGAGUGCAACUUGAAGCCUGGCUCGCUGUGCAAGAUUUUCCCUGCGCUUGCUCAGCUCAAAGACUUCCGCUUCAUCGACCUUUCUCACAACCGGGAUCUGUGCAAAUCGGAUCCCAGUGCCAUUGGUCUCUUGCGCAAGUAUCUACCAAAGCUACAAGGACUGCGGCGCGUUCACCUUGCUGAUGUCGCCAUGACAUCCGAACAAGCCAUUGCGCUUGCCGAGAUUCUCCCUGAGGCUAAAAUGCUCGCCCACAUCAGUUUCCUGGAGAAUCCAGAGCUCGUCAAACUUGCAGAUGCCAAGACUGAGGAUGCCCAGGAGGAAGCUUGUGCGCUUUAUGCAUCCUUCCUUGCUGCUACACGUGUCUCCAAGACUAUUGUGUGUGUCGACAUCGAUGUACCCAGCGACAAUUCCGGCGAGGUUGUCAAGGCUCUGGCCAAGCAAGUGGUCGCCUACUGCUUGCGGAAUAUGGAGCGAUUCCCCAUCGGCGACAUAAGCGCGGUCAUUUCAACAGUCCUAGCCGAAUCUCAGGACUCGUUGCCAGGCGGUCCAAUUCCACCUUAUCCCGAUGUGCUCGCACAUCUCGUCGGCCACGACGUUCUCAGAGAAGACUCGGACAACGAGUCCGCGCCUGACGAUGACUAUGUUAUUGGAGGCACCGGUGUUGUCAAGGCUCUCACCUGCUGUCUUAAGAAUAGAGGAGAUGAAUCGAGAAGGCAAUCUGGCGAGUUCAUCCGGGAUUUCGAGGAUGGCGUCCCAGUGCCUGCGAGCCCGCGACCGAAGCUGCCUCCAGGAAAGGCCAAGGAUAUGUCGAAGCAUCUACUGGCCAGCGCUCGCAAGAUUCGUCAGCGGCUGCAGCCAGCACUGUCCAAGGCUAGAGUCAAUCCGCAGGAAGAUGAGCACAACCUGCGCAAGUUGAUGUUCCUCGACGUCACACUUGCCAAUAUUAUCAAGCGGUUCGAAGAUGAGUUUCCUGAAACUCGUGUGUCCACAGAUGAGGCAUCGGAGACCACCUUGCCCAGCCAGAGUGACCAACUCGGUACUUCGCUAUCCUCGACGGAGGAUCCUGAUCAGCACAGUAUUCCGUCCGAUGCCGAGGACGAGACCGGCUUAUCGGUCCGGCCUGGUCUGCCGCGCACGAAUUCGACGUUGUCGCAUACCUCGAAAGCACUCGCCGAAGAAGAGGGCAGAAUGCACAGGGCCGGCCACAAGAUUCGGUCUGGAAUCAUCAAGCCCGAGUACUAUGGUCUGCUGAGUGGUGUACUCGAAGUGGGCCUCGACCCCAAGCACACAGCUAUGCUUCACCAGAUGAUUGAAGAGAUUGAUGAGCCUGAUUUGACCCAAAAGGUUGAACAAAAGGGCAUCAUGCGCGUCUUCAACGAGGACCGCGAUCAGGUCCGUGAGGGACUUCGAGCACUUGAUCCCAUGCACUGGGAUCGGUUCGUCGAGAGUCAGGAGAAGGCCCGUGGCAAUGUCAAGGCAGGCAUGACCAGCCCAGCAAAGACCGUCGAUGAGAACGCCAUUGAGGACUGAGCCUUUGGCCUCCCAUGCAUGGCCACAUUUGCAUCAUAAUAUGGCGGCUUAUUUGUCGCCUUUUGUACUCGUAAUUUGCUUGACAUGAAAUGUUGGAUUGGGGACUUUUUGAAACGAUGAGAAGCAAGCAAAGGCGUAACGCAAGGAGGGAGUCCGGCAUUCACCAAAACAGUCUUUCCUCUGGGCGUCUUCAAAGACACCAAGGGAUUCGGGUUCACUUGAUACGUUCAUACAUCUUGGGGUGUGGAUGGAUUCGUCUCCAGCAACGGAAACAGAAGAGUUCGUCAAAGUCAUGGAGGGAGGCAGCCAAAACGAACAGUCGCUACUGAAACCUGUACUAGUGUACAACAGCAUUCUAAAGCAAUGACCACAUUCCUCGCCCUCUUUAGGGUGAGAAAGCCGCCGGACCUGACGUGCCAAAGUGUCUCUGCAGCUCGAUAUAAUGCAUACUAUGAAUCGUGUUCAAGUGAAGCUCAAUGGCCAUCGCUGCAGUAAACGUCAAGUGGUGUUUGCGCUUGUCAAAAGGCAGGCUAUCCGACUCCAGAGCGGGACAGCCCCGACUUGUGUGAAGGGCAGAGUAAAGACUAGGAGGUAAAGCUAUCUGGCUGGUGUGCUGACGAGGUUCAGACAUCACUCACACCUUAUAUACGUGGAAGAAGGGGCUGCCUGCGGUACACCCUAAGCGUGUGAUGGCCAAUGGGAUACAAAUUAUUGACUCUAACGCUGGUGGUCUACUGUCGUUAGGAACCAUAUUCAAGUCGAGUGACUAGCGCAACCGAAUCCGAUGUGUUUCUCUCUGGUCGGUAUGCUCAGGUUUUGACAAUGCCACAAUCUCAUCGCCUAGUCCGGCGAAUUUCUAGACUUUCAUUUGGUCUAUGCGCCAAGUGCCAGAUCAACACCCAAGUCCCAGGGGUCUCGCAGGCUAGGAUAGAUCGUUCGGACUCUCGCUACUUGAGUGUCCGUAUACCAUACAUUGCCAGUCUACAAGCCAGAUCUCACAGACUAAAGCCAAGAAAUGUUUAAAUCUAACAGCGACGGGAGCGCAUCUGAUGUACAUUAAACUUAAACUUCGUCGGGGCUGGGGAAGGG